AUGAAGAUAAACAGGCAUUUCAAGGAGGACCUAAAAUCGAGAGGUGCACCAAGUAGAAGAAGUUGCCCUAAAAAUCCAUUGUGUAAGUGUAACAAGCAUCUCGAGGAACAAAGAAACAAUUGUAGUUCAUUAAGAAGAACAAGAAGAAAAAAGAGCCAGGGCAAGGUAGUACGGUGGUGCGUAAGGCAGAUUCCCAGUGGUUCCCGAACUAGUUACAGUCCGGCAUCAACUCGUUUGUCGAGCAGUGCUUUUGGUGAAUGCCAGCGUAAUCGGUGGAUAUUAUUUGGAGUCAGGGAUCGCCCUGCAUUCCUGACGAAAUCGUCAAGCCAUCUGACGUCUUUCGGCCAUCGCCAUCGUCGCCGGAGACGCGAAGUUAAGCACGCCAUCGCCACGCCAUCGCCAUCGUCGCCGAAGACGCGUUUGCAAACCACGCCAUCGCCACGCCAUCGCACACCUAUCGGCCAUCGCCAUCGUCGCCGAAGACGCGUUUGUAAACCACGCCAUCGCCCACCUUUCUGCCAUCGCCAUCGUCGCCGAAGACGCGUUUGCAAACCACGCCAUCGCCCACCUUUCUGCCACCACCAUCGUCGCCGAAGACGCUAUCGCGAGCAAGCACGUCACCGGUCGAGCCCUAGAACAGCCAUCGCCACCACACCACCAUCUAUCGCUAACAUCGCAUGUACCGAGAUCGCACCCGUGUCAACGUCCAGAACCUCGAGUGGCCAUCGCUAUUGUUCAUCUGAGUUCAACCACCGACAUCGCCAAGUGGGUUCACGAUUCCGCCAGUGCCGGCGGUUAGCUUUCAGCAGUCAUCGUGGGUCAAGUCCACGCAACGUCGAUCAUCGCACGCUCAUCAAGAACCGGUGGCGAACGGUGGUUCUCAACUACCAUCAGACGGCCCGCGACGAACCGCACGGUAGGACCUCCGUCGAUGCACCGUGGCACUGAGA